GCCAAGAGUGAGAGGGAGGGUAAACAAGAAGCUGAGGACGGUCAUAUUUGUGUUCUUUUCUGCCCUUAUUAACCUUUCCUGGACUCGUGGCGGCCAUGGUGUUAUUGUUUCUCUGGUUUUAGCUCUACUGUGAGGUUAAAGAGGCGUGAACAAGACUUAAAGACUGACCCCAGACAAGCUCCAGAGAGUAAACUAACAGCCCCGCAGCCAUGGCCAUGAAGGAGGAGGCCCUGGAGCGUGUGUGCCGGCUCUCCCUGGCCCUCAAGCAGUCCGCCCACCUCCUCCUCCACCACCACCACCAUCUCGCCCUUGACACACAAACACUAGCGGAGGUGCAGGAGGCCUUCUCGCUGAUCCUGGAGAUGGAGCGGCACACCCACUUCCACGUCCUGCCGCCCAACCACCGCCAGCACCCCGCCAUCCCGCACCUCCAGAUGACCUACGACCUCCUGCAGAAAGUGGCGGGACUCAGACUGUGGCCCAGGAGAGACCAGACCCAGCAGCAGCACCAGCAGGUCAGCCUGAGGUGUUUCCGCAGCCUGCACUCCCUGGAGGUGAGCGGCGUCCCCAUCACCCGGCUCAGAGCACUCCAGGCCCUGCGGUCACAGCUGCGGCGCCUGGUGGUCACCCGCAGCCUCUCUGCCCUCACCCAGAUCUUUGUGGAGUGUGGGGCUGACCAGGCAGGAGAGUUUGUGUGGGAGCACCUGCUUGAGGCCAUCCUGUCCCACAACGCUCUGCAAGAAGGAUGCCUUGACGACUCUCUCAAGCUGCUGCCCAACUUGAAGGUUCUCGACAUCAGCCACUGCGGACUAACGGACGUGAGCCACCUGCGACACCUCCCCUCGUUAGCGUACCUGGACGUGAGCCACAACCACCUGGCGGCCCUCCCCCACCUCCCCCCCACCUCCUCCCCCGCCCUCCUGGUGCUGCUGGCCUCCCAUAAUGAACUGAAGGACCUCAAGGGUCUGCAGGUCAUGACAGGGCUGGAGGAGGUCAAUCUCUCCCACAACUUCCUGGCGACCCGACCUGACCUGGUUGCCCUGGCUGCCCUGCCCCGCCUCAGGUCGCUCGCCCUGGCUGGCAACCCUGUGACCUGUGACCUGGCCUACCGCAGAUCAACCGUCACCCUGCUGCAUCCUGCCAUUCAUGUUGGAGAGUUCAUCCUAGACAGCCUGCCUCUCUCCCUACAAGAACAGAUGUUGAUAGGCAGCCUCUCCUCCCCGCCUGACCUCCCCACCACCCCAUCUCCCCUCCCCAUCACUCCCCUUCAGUCCGCCCCCUCCUUGCCCCCCCAUCAACACCAAGGGAACGGCGAACAGCAGCAGCAGCAGGCUUCCUCGUCCCUCACCCACCAGGAGGUGCAGUGCAGGAGUGGGUGUGAUGAGCCCCCAGCCCCCCCUCCCCCCAGCCUGGCCGUAGAGUCCUCCAUCCCUCCUCUCCGUCCAGACACAGUCACUCAGGCCUUCGCUUCUCUCACGCACACGGCGGCGUCUCCCAGCGCUCGGCAAGAACAAAACGACCGACUCCUCGAGGAAAUACUUCAGGCCAAGACCCACUCCCCUACUCCCCCCCCACCCCUCCUACACCCCACCACUCCCCCACCACCCCAACUCCUCCUACUACUAAUGGUGCAUGAAUAAGGAGAAGAAGGAGAAGAGGAGGAGGAGGAAGAGGAGGUGGUGGUAGUGGAGGAGGAGGAAGAGGAAGAGGAGGGUUUUUACAAGUCACUCAAAGGGAAGGAGGAAGAGGAUAGUGAAGAAGAAGAAGAGGAAGGGGCCUGCCUCAUCCUAGCCCAGCGGAUGAAGGAGAAGGAGAAGGAAAAGGAGGAGGAGGAAGAAAAGACCAAAGAAGGAGGAGGAGGAGUUGAUGACGUAAUUCUCUCGGUGGCGUCAACCUAUUUCAAAGAGAAGCACGGAGUUACGACAAAGACCUUGUUUAGGUGGGAACUAAGAAAUGUGGAGAAAGUGGAGGAGCUUGACACCACCAACACCUCCGCCAACACCACCACCACCACCACCACCGCCAAGAUGACCUUUGACACCACCCGACCCACACACCGAACCCGAGUCUAUGCGAUGGAGACCGAGGACUUUGCGAGGCUCCAGUCUGCCCUCAACUCCACCCAGCAGUUGACGUGUCGGAAUUGCCUGAGCCAGCUGUCGCCCUCCCAAGCAGAGAACAACCUCCUGUGUCCGAAUUGUAGCCGCAGACAGCCCCCCCUCGCUGCCCCUCCACUCACCUCCACCCCCCUACAUCACCUCCACCCACCACUACAGCGAGAAGACUCCAGCGAGGGGGUGAGCGUGUGCACAAUCAGCAGCAGCAGCAGCAGCGACAGCGGCAACGACAGCGGCAGCAGCAACAACAACAAUAACAGCAGAGGAGGAGGAGGAGGAGGAGGAGGGGGUCGACCUCCACCUUUCUGCCCCUCCCCCUCCCCCUCCCCCUCCAAUGGCAGGAGAGAGAGCGAUGUGGAGGUGAUAAGCAACCCGUCCGUGUCCAGCAUUGAGGUGUUGAGCGAGAAUAAUAAGGAUAACAAUGGUAAUGGUGGUGGUGGUUGGCCCCCUCACCCCCCCACUGCCUCCCACCAACCCCCCAGCACCCAGGAUGGCCACCCCCCUGCCCCCCCACACCCCCACCAGGACCCCCAGUUCUCGACCAUGCAGGAAAGCAGUUCAUCGGGGUCCAUGACGGGCAGCGUGUGCACCGCCUACGAGAGAGGGGGGGUGGGGGGCCCUCCCUCCCUCCCCCUAACCCCCCACCGCACCCCCCAACCUCACCCCCCCUCCUCCCCCCUCGCUCUCCCUCCGAACUUGGACGCGACGGACGGGGCAUCGGAGCUCUCUAGCACACUCUAUUUUUCUGCUGAAGGAUCACUAGGGGGGUCCGCUUCCCCCCUGCCGGACCCCCCUCCUCUUCACCCCGCUUCCGCCAGCAGUGGUGGGGAUACGUUCAAGGAAGCGGGAGAAGAGGAGGAAGAGGAGGGAGGAAUAGGACCAGCAGGAGGAGGAAGACUGGUCAGCAUCUCUCCGUGGGUUGAAUCCCUCCUCCAUACAUACACAGGGUAUCACUGGAGAUGGUGGGAGGACUUAGACGCGGAGGAAGAAGAGGAAAGAGAAAAGGACGAAAAGAUGAAAAACGGAGACAGAAAAAAGAACACAAAAACAAAGAAGAAGAAGACAAAGAAAGAAGACAAGGAGGACGAAAAACACACCAAAAAUACGAACCAAUCUAACCAAAGUAAACAAACAAAUCAAGACCAAGACCGAGAGUUCCUUCACACCAACAGAUCCACGACAACAACAACAACCUCCUCCAAUGCCAUGUCUUCCUCCACCUCCUCCUCCUCCUCCUCGUCAUCCUCCUCAGGUAUGCGAGGGAGGAGGCACAAGGACAGGUAUGGGUCGCUAACAAGGCCGCACAACCCCAUCACUUACAACUACGAGGACUUCACGGAGGUUGACCACAGGCUGAAGCUGCAUCUCGAGGUGGUGCUGUUGGUUGAGCCUGACGAACACCUCCUCGGGCUGGUGAAGGCGGUGAUGGUGGUGGCUGGCGGCAGGCGCGAGUUUCAGGGUCUGUUGGUCUUCUCCUCAAAAAAGUAUUAUCUGAUGGAAAUUAUUGGGCCUGAAGAUGACACCCCCCAGAGCUGGCUGGACGAGGUGCUGCGGGGGGAGAUGGGGGGCCUGGCGGGGGUGUACAGCCUCUACCAGCGACAGGGGGUGGCUCUCUCCCUCGCCCCCUCCUCCCCCACCUCCCCCACUACCUGUCUCCCUCCCCCAUCAAUUCUCUUGGUGUGCCUUGCAGACUCCCACCGAGCUAACUGCUUCUUCAACUUCCUAAUGGAGGCUUUGGGGGGGCAGGGGCUGACGCCAACCCUAGUGGAGGCCGCCCCCAGCCAAGAAGAAGGGGUGCUGGCGUUGCUGGAGGAGGCGAGGGAGGAGGAGGAGGAGGAGGAAGAGGAAGAGGAGGAGGAGAAGGCAACUGCUCCUACUCUGUUUGCUGUUGUGUCACUUCUUCAAGGUGGAGGUUGCAGUGAGAGCCAGUACCUGCUGAUUAACGAGAAGGAUCUGAUUCUCUACCUGGCGGACCUUACCUGGUACAUGCCCUCCACUCCUGCUACUGCUGCUGCCUCUACGAAAUUGACUACCACAGCCGCUCAGAAGAUUCACAAUGUUACGGCUAUUGAGGUGCACACCCCCCACCACCUCUCCAUACACUACCUGGAUGAGUUGAGUCAGCUGGAGACAAACUGGCACCUGCACGUGGCCACGCCCCUCGUGUGUUACCAGAUCAUCGAGGCUGUGCGCGCUCCCUGGUCUGACAUCUUCGCCGUUGACCUGCAAGUGACUCGACAUACUCAGGAGGUCACUAGUGGUUGAUGUGUAUGUGUUUGUUUUGUGUGUGGGUGUGCAAUAUAUGUGAUGGGUGUGAAGGGGGAAGGGGGGGGGGGGGAGGGGGGGGGGGUUAUGUGAGGGAUAGGUAAUUUUUAUUUUUUUAUUUAUGUAUUUAUUUUUUGCUGUGAGUCCUUAUAGACUAUUCACAUUAACCCAGCAAAUAGGCAACACUCAUGACAGGAAAUCAUUUACCAGUGAGAUUCAGCCUUUCCUAGCAUCGACCAAUCGCAGGCAGCCUUAGUUGGAUAGGGGGCGUGGCCUUUCUUUUAUUUAUUUAUUUGUUUAUUGUUAUUUUUAUUAUUAUUAUUUUUAUUAUUAUUAUUAUUAUUAUUAUUAUUAUUAUUAUUAUUAUUAUUAUUAUUAUUAUUAUUAUUAUUAUUAUUAUUAUUAUUAUUAUUUAUGUCCUGGCCUAUUGCACCAGUAGACCGGCAUGGUGCAGACAAGUGUUUAUAGUGGCGCCAUCUAUUAUUGUGGUUGUGGAUUAGCCAAUCAUAGAUACUUGGUGGAGAAGGAGGAGGGGCUUAAUUUCUCAGUUAGAGUGAAUAGUACAGGUGGGCACCGUUAAUCAAAAAGUCAACUCUGUUAACUGUAAAUCCAUUAACCAAAAAAUUAACUUUGAUGACCGUUAAUCAGUUAAUUCUUUAAAAAAUGUAAUGGAAGUUAUCGAUAAAUCAUUAACAUUAAUUUUUAUUAUAGAAAAAAACAAAAAAUCAGUUCUUGCUCUAAAACCACCUAAAAAUGCCUUUAAAAAGUGCCAAAACUAUAAAAUCAGACUUUUUGGGUGUUUUUAAGGGCUGUAGAACCCCAAAGCUACAGUUUUUUUGCUUUAGAGUUAAAAAAAAAGGCUGAUUUCAUAGUUUUGGAUCUUUUUUAAGUUUUUAAAGGCUUUUAGAGCCAGAAAAGGGUAAAAAAAAAUUAAAUGAAACAAUAUUAGUAAUAAACUAAUUUUUUUUUAUUGAUAAAGUGGCCAAAAGAAAAAAAAAAUAAUAAAAAACAAGAUAUA